AUGGAGAUAUCCUGCAGCAGUAGCCGUAGUUGCUUCGAGCUCGCUCUAGACUAUCUUCGCUGCUUGCAUGAUACCACCAAAGGGUGCGGGUAUCGUAUCUCGAAGCUGGAGAUGGGGGUGAGACUAUUACAAAGCUUUGAUCUGUAUCUGACAAAGUGUAGGAGGCGGAGGAGGAACCAUGAAACCUGUUUGGACCAAGAUGAGGAGGAGAAGGAUGUUACGUCUUCCAGAAUUCAAGAUCUGAUUAUCAGGAGAAUGCAAAAUCUUGAAUUUGCUUGCAGCGGAUCGCCUGAUUCGACUCGCAUUGCAAGUGAGCUCACCAUGUUUCUGAAAGCAAUCAAGUUGUUUUUCGAAACAGAUAUCAACGAAUCAUGCAUCAACUAUCUGCUGGACUGUUAUUGGCUGCGAGAUCCAGAGCUAGUUAUUGAUUUCAUCGAUUCUGUUUCCGAGAAUCUGAAGGAAAUUAACAAUUUCAAUUUCAAACGCCUUGACGAGCAGCUAAUGUUCUUGAAGAGUUUCAUUCGCUUUGCUAUGCUUCGCGGUGUCGAGGGUCAGCAAUUGAUAGAUCUCUUGAUUCAUACUGAAGUGGCGUCUAUCAACGCAUUACGCCUGGCUUCUAUAUGGUUGUCUGAGGGUAUCAGAUAUAAUGAUCCUGAAGCAAAAGUUCAAAUUUCACGGCUAAUAAGUGAGAAGAUUAAUCCCACUGAGCCCCAAGUCCUAGAAACUUACAUCCAUGUCUUGACUGCUUCAAAGUUAUCAAUAUCAUCAGACACUUCAGCUCUGGAGAAGAGUAAGCAAACAGUAGCUGACUUUAUGGAUCGUCUCGUUCAGAAUACUGCGGAGCUACUACAACCUUGUACCAGUACUCCAGUCCCGAUUAUGAAUCAAAUGCUCAAAAUUGUUCAGGGGCUAAGAUUCCUGACAAUCCUUCUUGGUGAUCAGGAGAAGUUCAAAGAGCUAUGGCAUGAAAUGAAGAAUAUUAUUGGAGUUGUGGCCUGUGAUGCAGCGGUUGUAAUUUUCUCUCUUUCUGUGAAUCAAAUCGAAGAAGGCUUGGCCAAGGAAACCGAUCUUGCUCUUUUUCAUUUGCUCAAAGUGCUCAAGCUUAUCAGGGCAGAAUUUACACAGGUCUAUCCACUAACAUCAGUAUCGGGAUUUGGUUUUCCUAGGACCAAUGAAUUGGGCUCUAUUGAUUUUUUCCUAACAAAUCUGAAGGAACUGGCAAGGCAUGAUGAAAUUAAUGAUUCAAUCGCUUCCCCAGUGGAUAAAAUCCAGACAAUCCAGAAAGAUUUUGAAUUUUUAAGAUCUUUCUUGGAGAAAAUCAAGGAGCAGCGCAAUCAGAACGAAAAACUUCAAGUUUUCUGGAGUCAUGUUAUGGAGAUUGCAUAUAAAGCAGAGUUUGUGAUUGACUCGACACUUGUUGGUGAUAGACGUGAAUAUUGUUUGGAUGAUGUUGCCAGAGACAUCAAUGUUCUGAAGAUUGAGGCUCAAGAGAUCUAUGAUAGCAUAAGCUAUGUUGGUGAAACCACCAAGGGAGUUACCAAGACUUUCACUCGCGUGCCGUCACAAGUUACUGUCGCCACGUACAAUGAAGAUCUGGUGCCUCUCGACGACGAGGUGAAAACUAUCACUGAUAGUCUUACAAGAGGAGGAUCAAGGCAGUUGGAUGUUGUUUCCAUCGUGGGUAUGCCUGGGAUUGGUAAGACCACAUUAGCCAAUAUAGUUUACAAUUCUCCAUCAGUAAUGUUGCAUUUCAAUCUUCGUGCUUGGUGCACUGUUUCUCAAGCAUAUGGUAUGCACAACAUGUUAGUUCAGCUAUUGGGUAGUAUUGAUUCUGAGAAACUUGAACAAUAUGAAAAGAUGGAUGAAAAUGAUUUGGCUGUAAAGCUAAAACAAGUUUUGUUGAGAAAUAAGUAUCUCUUGGUUUUGGAUGAUUUGUGGGACACUAAGGCUUGGUAUUUGUUGGAGAGAUCAUUGCUCAAUGAUGCCAAUGGAAGCAGGAUUCUCAUCACGAGCAGAUUGCAGAAUUUGUCUCUGCAAUUCGAACCUCAUAGCAGGGUUCACCAUCUCCGCCGGCUUACCGACGAAGAGAGUUGGAAUUUGCUGCAAAAAAAGCUAUUUGGCAAAGAAGGUUGUCCUCCAAGACUAAGUGGAGUUGCAUCUCAAAUAGCAAAAUCUUGUAGGGGCUUACCUCUCACAAUUGUCCUUGUUGCUGGAAUUCUUGCUAGUACUGCAAAGGACUGCUGGGAAGAAGUUGCAAAGAGUCUAACUUCCAGUAUUGUCCUUGAUGAAGAAUACUGCAUGAAGACGCUUGAGUUGAGUUACAAUCAUUUACCGGAUGAUUUGAAGCCAUGCCUUCUUUACUUUGGUGCAUUUCAAGAAGAUAAAAAUGUUCCUGUCCGAAAGUUGUUAUGGCUCUGGAUCUCUGAAGGCUUCAUGCGGAAGACUGAAGAAAAGAGCUUAAAGGAUGUGGCAGAUGACUAUUUGAAGGAUCUGGUUGAUAGAAGUUUAGUCAUGGUUUCCGAACAAAGAACUAUGGGUGGUGUCAAAGCCUGCCGACUUCACGAUUUGGUACAUGAGUUUUGUGUGAAAAAAGCCAAAGAAGAAAACUUUCUACAUGUUUUGCAUAGUCAGAAUGGUCCUUUUGUUCUUACUAGCCCAAGCAACCUCCACCGAGUUUGUAAUCCAAUGAAUGGGGAGUUAAUGCUAGAAUUUUCCAAUGUACGCAGUUUGUUAUUGUUUAAGGGGGAUGAUUUGGGGUUUUGGUUACCUGAACUUCUAAGAGUGUUGGAUUUGGGGGAAUUGGAGUUUGUUGCACAUUUUCCAAUGGAAGUAUUUUCGCUUGCUCACUUGAGAUACUUGGCUCUUCGUACUAGAAAAGUAAAUUUCAUCCCAGCUGCAAUAGCUAACCUCUCAAGGUUACAAACUUUUCUGCUACGAGGAAACAAAGCUGAUUGUUUGUUACCCAAUACUAUCUGGAACAUUAAGACAUUGAGGCAUCUAUGGACUCCAGAUUCCACUUUGGGUUUUAUUUUUCCUGUUGAAAAUCUUGAAGUAUCCCCAGGUUUAGAUCAUUUAGACAGUUUAAGCCUUGCCAUUGAUCCCUCCUCUCAAAGCUUGCAAAAGAUACUGACAAAGUUACCAAACAUCCGCAGGCUAAGAUGUACGAUGACGGAAUCAAGAGAAGAACCUACGGGAACUGGCGAUGGGAUUUUCGUGUUUGACUGUUUGAGUCAACUAGAAUCACUUACUCUGUGUUUCUGUCAUGGAUAUAGAUUUAAAUUCCCAUUGAAUUUGAAGAAGUUGACACUCCUAGCGACUGAUCCGCCAUGGAGUGAAAUCUCAACAAUUGGAAAGUUGCCCAAGCUUGAAGUGCUUAAAUUACUCUCUUAUUAUUACAGCUCCCCUGGCGAAGAAUGGGAAAUGAAAGAAGAGGAGUUCCCUAAGCUCCGAGUCUUGAAAUUGUCACACUUGCGGGACUUUCGCAGCUGGACUGCAUCUUCUGAUAAUUUUCCCCGUCUUGAGAAAUUGGUUGUGCACGAUUGUGAGAAUUUGGAAGAGGUGCCUUCCUGUUUAGGGGAAUGUCUGACUCUUGAAAUGAUUGAGGUGAAACGAUGUCGCCAGUCUGUUGUAAGUUCAGUGAAGCAAAUUCAACAAGAACAGAUAGAUAUGGGAAAUGAAGUGCUAAAGAUCUUAAUCGAAAAGUGUGUUGAUACUUGA